AAGCAGCAGCCUACAGCAGUGCAGUUUACAUUGCUAUUUACUUUAAAACUUUACUAUAUACACAGCAUAAAAUCGACUCUAGUUAGUAGUGAUAUAACUCAAGAUGGAAUUAAUAUACUCCAUGAGGCGUAAGCCUCUAAAAUGCGAACCACCGCACUUCGAAAGUGUAACAGACCAUGAUGUGGUCCGACCAAUCUGCACAAUAUCAACAUGCAACAUCAUAGCGUUCUCAUCCCCCACGGAGCUGGACGACACGGAGGGAGACACGUGGGGUGGUCACGUGUAUGUGUGUGAUCUUGACACACCCUGGGACAGCCACAAAGUUACCAGCACUGUGCAUCCUAUAUCAGCACUAGAGUGGGACAUAGAAGGCAAGCAGCUGCUGGUGGCCACCACUGUGGGAGACGUCUCCGUCUACACUCAGAAGGAUUACCUGCUCAAUGAGUGGACCUGCGAGUACUCGGCUAGCUUUCCAGGUGAGCACAUAAUCCGUGCGACAUUCUUCCACAACGGACGACGCCUGGUCAUGGUAGACAAGAAGCCCGACGCGCCCAUCACUGAGAGGAUACAGGUGCUGCGCUCCACGCCUACACUAAAAGGAUUUGGCGGCGUACCAUGCGAAGGCGCCCUCAUCCUGACAGCCACAGGUCUCGUGGGGACUCUCACCCCCGAUGGGACGUCAGCACACGUCACCACCGACUGUCUCCGUCCCACCAGAGACCACAUCACUUCUGCUAGCAUCGCGCAUAAGAACGGCAGCAUAGUAAUAGCAGCGCUGUCCCGCGCGGGCGGCGCGGCGGGGCGCUGGUGCGUGCGCUGCGCCAGCGCGACCGUGGCGUCCGCGCCCGCGCCUGCGCUCGCGCUUAAACCUCUGCCUACUAUAUAUCUGCCGCAACAACCGGUGUCGGUGACGUGGUGCGGACGCGAGGACGCGGACUCGCUGCUGGUGGCGGGCAGCACGCUCGCCAUGUGGAAGCUGACGGAGCGGGCGCAUCAGGUGCACAAGCUCUUCGCUAAGGGUCCCCUACAAGGCAGCACCACGCCGGGCGGUGGACCGAAGCCGGCAAGCGACUGUUUCAAUACAUUGGCUUGGCAGAAGACAGCAGCAUGGGGUGUGGAGGGCGGCGCAGACGCAGUGGGCGCGUGCAGCGCGCGGCUCGCGUCUGCGCCGCACGCCGUGCUCGCCACGCCACACGCGCUACAUCUACUGGCGAGGGAUACACACCACUAUCUAUGCAGUCGCGCGGUGGUGUCGGCCGGCGCUGGUGCUGUGGAGGCAGCUUCUACGCCGCCCAAGAAAACCAAGUAUGGACCCAACGCUGCACCGAGUGGCGGCGCAUGCGCGAUCGUGUCGUGCGUGGAGAUGUCUGCGCUGGGCGGCGCCGUGCUCGCCGUCGACACGCACGCGCAGCUGCACCUCUACAAGCUGCCGCAGCCCUGGCAGGACAUACCGACCCCCAUGGCAGUGCAGCACGCGACGAACCUACUGGAAUACGCUUUAGUGGCCGGGUACGAUAGCCUGGACGUCUUACUCGCUUGCACCGGCGCCAACAAGCAUAACAUACUCGAACUUAUAUACGAAAGACUGACGGAAUCAUUCCAGCGGCAGCCGCCCGCCUUCCAACAAUACUACUUCCACAGCUGGCUGAAGAUGAGGAUAGCAAUUUGCAGAGUGAUCCCGACUGCGCAGAGCAGUGCGUCGUGGCUCACCUGCCUGCAGAGCGUGCAGGCGGCGUGGGCGGCGGCGGCGCUGGCGCUGCGCCCGGACGACAAGCCCGACGCCGCGCCGCUGCAGGCGCUGCUCGACGACCACGACAAGACGCUGCUGGCAAUAGAAUCGAAGCCAGAGAUCCUGCCGGAGUCCUUAUGGCUGCAGCCUCUACGCCUAGCGUUACAACGCGCCCUGGACAUCGGACUGACGGCCCUGCUGGCCCUCGCUCACCAGCAUCAGCAUCAGAUACAUCCGCACCACUACGAGCUAUGGCUGGACGCGGGCGCGGUGUCGGUGCUGCGCAAGCUGUGCCGCGUGGCGCGGGCGGCGGGGCGCGGCGCGGCGCGAGCGGCCGACGCGCUCGCCCGCCCGCUCGCCCGCCUCGCUACUGCGCCGCAGCCCAAGCAGGACCUAGUGGACGAGUGCAUUGUGCUGAGCACGCAGUGGACGGGCGCGCGCGUGUGGGAGUCGCUGCCGCGCUGCAGCGUCGCCGCGCCGCACGGGAAGAUAUGGCCGCUAUAUUUGGAGCACGGUGUAGAACCCGAAGCGUUACGAUAUAACCCCGAGCCGCCGGCGUACGCGCAAUGUGAAACGACGCCAUCCAUUACUAUGGACGCUAUACGCUACAUGUACCUGGGCGGCGGGUCCCGCCCGGCGCGCUGGCGGCAGUGCGCGCGCUGCGGCUCGCGUGCACUCGCCGCGGCGCAUCCCAACAAGCAUCCUCUACAGGGAGCCUAUGAUGGACGGUUUCUGUCGGCUUGCAGAUGCGGAGGAAAAUGGACAUUAUUUUCUAAUAUAUAAUUCUCUCAUUAGUGUGUAAGAAAUAAUACUUAAAUAAUGUAAAUAUUUAAUAAAAUAUACAAUGUUUUUUACUCAUAAA